UUUUUCCUUGAAGAUAAAAAAAAAGAAUUCAUGAAAAAUGUCGCCUUCAUCUACGUUAGGCAUUGUGGAGGCGCCAAGUGGGGGCGAAGAUAUAUUGAUAUGUCAAUUUAUCCACAUGACAAAUUCACAAGGAAGCACAUGGUUCGGGGGAGAUCCCUUCUCCUACACCGUUCCACUUCUCCUGGCGCAGUUUUGUCUCAUCUUCUUCGUCACAAGUCUCGUCUGGCUCUUCCUCAGACCUUGUAAGCAAGGCAUGGUCAGCGCACAACUCAUCGGAGGCAUCAUCAUGGGAAAGUCUUGUCUCGGGCGGAUUAGAGCUUACAGCGAUAAGAUAUUUCCUGCGUCAGGAAGACAAAUUCUAGAAACUUCGGCGGACUUAGGGUUCAUCUUGUAUUUGUUUAUAAUAGGAGUUCAUGUAGAUCUAAACUUGGUGAAGAAGGUGGAAAGAUACGCAGUGGUGAUUGGCGUUUCAUGCUUCGUAGCCCCUCUGGCUAUCGGCUUGGGUGUCACUUUUCUGGUGACCAACACCAUGGAUCUCGACCCCGAGACAGUGAUAUGUCUCCCUUUCGUAGCGAGUUUAACGGCUAUAUCUUCCUUCCCGGUGAUCACCAGCCUGCUCACCGAUCUCAACAUUCUCAACUCGGAGAUUGGAAGGAUGGCCACCCUGGCAUCCGUGGUGAGCGAUAUCUGCAACUACUGCAUCUCUAUAAUUUCUGGUGGACUGGUUGUGUAUUUGAUGACAAGGCGGUUUGAAGUGAUUAUGUCAGUCAUCUGUGCCAUUUUAUUUUUCAUGGUCAUCUUGUUUAUACUCCGUCCCAUGAUCACAUUCGUAGCUAAACGUGUUUCCGAGGGGCAUCAGAUCAAGGAGUCGCAUUUUGUUGUUGUGGUGGUGGUGGUCUUGAUAUGCAGUUUGGGAUCAGAGGUUUUGGGGCAACCCGCGGGGCUUGGGACGUUCAUCUUGGGUGUUUUGAUUCCAGAUGGUGGGAGAUUGUUUGCGGAUAAGAUGGAGACAUUCAGCAUUGGGUUGCUUGUUCCCGCCAAGUUUGUUAUUAGUGGUCUCAUAGUGGAUGUUUCAUCUAUCCAUGCUUUUUCCGGAUUUGCAUAUGGGAUAGUUCUUUUCAUAUGCUACACUUGCAAGUUCCUUUCAGUUUUCAUCGUUUCCCUCUACUACAAGCUGCCGACUCGAGAUGCUUGCGCCCUCGCUCUCAUCAUGUGCUGCAAAGGCGCAAUCGAAGCAGCUCUCUACAUCACCUUGUUCGAGGAUGGGGUCAUAGGACGUCAAGCAUACUCCUUGUUGCUACUGUCAUCAUUGUUGGUGACUGGAAUAGCCAGACCUCUAAUAGCACACCUUUACGACCCAUCGUCACGAUACCUAGGCCUUUGCAAGAACUCCAUCAUGUUAAACCAGCCCAACGACGAGUUGCGGAUGUUGCUCUGCAUCCACGAUGCAGACAGCAUCCCCACCAUCCUCUCUUUCAUCGAUGCCAUGCAUGGCAACAGGCCCAUCGCCCUCUUCGCCCUUAGCCUCACGGAGCUCAAGGGCAGAGGGGCUGCCGUCCUCGAACAAACCACCGACAUCACUUCCAACCAAGCCGCCAAAGCCCUUAACUCUCUAGCAGACAGGAUUGCUGGCCACUUGGUCGUCCGCCACUUCACCUCUAUCUCCCCUUAUGCCAGCAUGCAUGACGACGUAUGCACCCUCGCUGCCGACCAGAUCGCCAACAUCGCUAUCCUUCCCUUCCACAAGGAGUACACCAUGGAUGGCACCGUGGGCCUAUCCUCCCCUUCCGUGAGGAUGGUAAACCAAAAUGUGAUGGAUAAGUCCCCCUGCUCUGUGGCCAUCCUAGUCGACCGCGGCCAGUUCCUCGUCAACCAUAAGUCGAAUCAAAGCUUCCAUGUGUGCCUUCUCUUCCUAGGUGGCAUGGAUGACUGUGAGGCCCUUGCCUUAUGCACCGGCUUCAUCCACAACCAUAAUGUCACCAUCACCUUCCUCUGGUUACGGCCGUGGGACCAUGCCAAGUACACCCAACAAAACGUGGAGAUUGAGAUGGUGAACCAGUUCAAGGCUAAGACGAUAGGUUACCAUAGGAUCAACUACAAGGAGGAGCUUGUGAAGGAUGCCAUAGACACCACCACGGUUAUUGGAUCGCUCAAGGACUACGAUUUUGAUCUAUGCGUGGUGGGGCGAUCCCACGAUGCCGAGUCAGAGAUGUUGGCUGGGAUUAAUGAAUGGAGCGAGUGUCCAGAGCUUGGGGUCAUUGGAGACAUGCUGGCUAAUCCUGAUUUCCACUUUUCUGUGCUCGUUGUGCAACAGCAGCCGGCGGGGGCGGAUAUUGGCAAGUACGCCAACGUCCAACCCGUUGCCAGCGGCUAUAUUUCAUCGUCGCGUUAUAGCGAUUGCAAAGAUGACUUCGACUCGUUUCACCGUGUCUAGUGUUGGUGUAUGUAUGAUCAUCUAUAAAUGUCUAUUUUUGUUAA